AUGAGGGAGCCCGAUAACGACUUUUCAGACGUCGUGCAGGGCAUGGACCUAGAGCUUCGGCACCCUGACCGGAACAUGUUUCCUGUGGCCAAUCAGAUCGACGCUCUGGGAACAGAAGCUCCUCAUACUCCAAUUAUCAAGCGAAUGUCCGAGUACCAGCUUGUUACUUUGGCAGGAGCGGCUUCCGGGUUCUUGGCCGGGGUUGUGGUUUGUCCUUUGGACGUGGUGAAAACAAGAAUUCAGGCUCAGGGCGUGCUGAACCGAUAUGGUCUGUUCAUACUGGCGUUCAAGACUAUUUCUAGAGAAGAGGGCGUUAGAGGGUUAUAUCGUGGUGUGGUGCCUGUCACUAUAGGGUACUUACCGACGUGGACUAUUUAUUUUACUGUUUAUGAACGGGCCAAGAAGUUUUAUCCUCGGUUUUUUUCUGAAUCACUCGGUAUACAAAUAGACUGGCUCAACCACUUUGCAGCCUCUUUGACGGCUGGCUCCACGUCUUCCAUUGCUGUCAACCCGAUCUGGGUUGUGAAAACAAGACUUAUGCUCCAGACGGGCUCGGAAAAAGUAUACUAUAAAAGCACCCUAGACGCUUUCCGUACCAUGUACCGAAACGAAGGCCUUCGUGUGUUCUACAGCGGUCUUUUGCCCUCAUUGUUUGGGCUUAUACACGUGGGAAUCCAUUUCCCUGUUUACGAAGCGCUCAAGCGUACUCUUCAUGUUAGCGACUCAAGCCAGAUGUCUCACGGUAGCUACCAUAAGCUCUGGAGACUAAUAGCGGCCUCCACCGUAUCCAAGGCCAUUGCGUCUACUGUCACUUACCCACACGAGAUUCUACGAACCAAAAUGCAGAUGCAAAAGAAAUCCACGGAUCGGUUUUCCUUGCGUAACUGGAUACGAACUAUUUACAGUAAAGAAGGCGUCCGAGGGUUCUACGCCGGCUAUUUGACAAACUUGGCGAGAACCUUGCCGGCAUCGGCAGUAACGCUUGUUAGUUUUGAGUACUUCAAAACGUACUUGUUAGAGAUCAGCGGAAAGGUCUGA